UCUGGGAGGAGAGAUGGCUUCAGGUUGUGGUUUGCCCGGCGAGGGGCUCGCAGGGUGUGGGGUUCGAGGCCAGCGAGCGCAGCUCAGGGCGAGCCUCACCGCGCCGGGAAGUUUAGCUGAAAGUUUUCCGAGUUGCGCCGGAGACGACAAAGAAGAGCGGAGGGGUCUCACGCCUCCCGGAACCCCGCUCGGCAGCGGGAAGCGGAGAAGGGGGACCGCCGCGCCGACGCCGAUUUAGAUACCAUGGAAUCAGUGGCAGAUACAGUGCUGACUAAGAGGUGUGAUUCCAGAAGAAAUGGGGUUUCAGGUUUGCUCACAAAGCACCUUCGGAAGGCCUUGCAUCUGUCUUCCCCUGUAACUUUGUCCCAGCGCUGUACAGGUUCAUGCCCAAACCUGACAAUGAACAGGAAUGAUGUCUUGGAGCAAAAGAUGAGUAGAGAAGCCUCUUCUGGACCCCGGUCACCCAAGAAGACUCACAAGGUCCUUUGUUCAUCAUUGUCGUCAGAUGGUAUCCGAUGGUAUAAUAGCUCAGUGUCUCCGCAGGGUCUUGAUGCUCAGACGAAGCAAGCCCACACUGAGAGGGCAGCCAACAGCACAAGUUCUCUGGAACGGGUGUUCAGGUUCUGUUCCUCUGCAUCCGGUCCCUUGUACAAAUCCACCCUACCCAAGCCAAUGGAACCCUCAUCCAAGCCCAAGUCUUCCAUCCGAUCAUCUUUAUUUUCUCCAUUGCUACGGAGCCACAGUUCUGAUUCCAGUCCCGUCUCUGUUUCGGCCUCCAAAAAGUGCCAGCAUGGGAGUUUCCAACCAGCGGCAGCCAGUGAUGCUGAGCCAGGAGGGGUGCAGGGCUUUAGCUACUUGGAGCCAGUCAUCAGCAGGGUGACAGAUUGCAUCUACGUGGGGAACCUGAGUGCCGCCUACAGUGGCCAGGUGCUAUGCAAAAACAACAUUGACAGCAUCAUUGACAUGAGUAACUUGCCCAAAGACUCCAGUCUGAGCUUCAUCCCUUGCACUUGCAGCCGGGCCCCUCGACACAGCUGGUCCCGCCUGAAGGUGCAGAUCCAGGGCCCCUUGCAGGAGGGCUAUUUCUCACUGCAGCCCCCAUGCUUCUGGGACAUUAAUGUGUGCAUCGAAGCCUCUUUGGAGAAAAGGAAGCGAGUCCUGAUUCACUGCAGGGAUGGCUACUCUCUGGCUCCAACCUGCGUCAUCCAGUACCUGAUGGUGAAGCACCACAUGAGGCUACUGGAUGCUUAUGAGUUUGUCCGAGCGAGGUAUCCUGUUAACAUCCAAGAGUGCCACCGUGACUUGCUGGUGCACUUAGAGAAGUCCCUCUGGCCAGGAGAAGUGGACUUGGAAUGCUUUAAAGAGGCCAUGUCAAGGAAGAUGGCAUGGACGUAGGACUAAGCUAGAAGGCCAAGGUGGACGUUGCAUGCAUUUCAACAUAAGAGUUGCUUCAGUUGUGUAGGAAAAAUGGGGACCAGGCUUGUUAGGAGUGUGGGAAGCUCUCGUUGUGUGCAACCUCUAUUCCAAAACAGUUUUUUGUAUUUAAGAGGCAGAAUGCAGGCAGGGGAUGGUUGAUCCUGUGUGGUUUAUCCACAGCAGAGCUUGGAGGUAAUGAGUCACAACUAAUGUCAUUACCUGCAACAUCUCUCUUUGAUGACAAUGAAUGUGUUGUGAAGCUAAGAAGUUUUACUACUGUAUUUCAGGACUCUUUUCCAAAUGCAUUGUUGAAAAUGGGAACAAAUUUAUUCCCUUGAUGAUUUACUUUUUGGGGGGUUAUUCUUUUUGAGGGCAUAUUUAAGCAUUUUUGGAAUUACUUUGACAGGAAUUAUACAUACUAUUCUCUUAACCGUUCUACCCUGCACAGUAACAGAUGGUAACCAAAAAUAAAAGAAAAACACAAGUUACUUUCACACACAUCAAUAAGUCACUACUUCUCAGACAUUAUGAUGAGUUAACAGGAAUAAAUUACAUUUUAAAGUAACCUUCCAAACUCUGAGGAAUGUACGCUUCAUGCUUCUGAUACUGAAGACCAUCCCCUGUGCCUGAGAGAAGCUCCAUGUUGAAAUGCACGCAUUGCCACUGUAUCUAGUUUGGAUGUAAAAGGAAGAUAGCCACAGAAGGCUGUUAAAAUUCCAUGUGCGUUCUGAAGUGCUGCCUGAGGCCUUCCGCAGGGCCUUACCUUUCUGCCACUGUUAUGAGAUCUCUAAUUUAAAAGGAGCUGCCUUUGGUUCAAUUUCAUUUGACAGGAUCUUUUGCACUCUGAAAUCCUUCAGUACAAAAUGCCAAGUAUUGUCCUGUGUCUCCUACCACUGAGAGUUAUGUGCACUUUGAGGUUUAAAAGAGAAUUCACAGUAUUUACUAUUCUAUUGCUGUUCUUCAACCAGUCAGGGGAAAGAAGUACAAGAAGUUACUACAAGCUAUACCUCUUAAUAACUGGACACGGUACCAGCUCUUUUGCUGGCACCUGACGUUCUCAGGGCUAGCCCAAAGGCAGCAAUCUGAGAAGAUCUGGCAGCUAUAGAACAAGCUAGUAAUCCUAGGCCAAAAUCCUGUUGGAGGCAACCAGCCUGUGCAACGGAAAUGACAUCAGCAGUAGCAGCAAAUUGCUACUGAUUAUAAAGGCUUUGUUUUGUGAUUUCAGGGUGCAUAUGACUGUCAGAUUGUGUGCAAGUGUUGCACACCCCAUAAUCACAGAAGGACGCCUUUAGUCAGUGGCCAUUUGCUACUGCCAGUGAUGGUGGAGGUGUGCAACAGGAUUUCAGCCAAGAGCAAAGAAUAACCAACACUUUGUUCCUUGAGCAAAACUCAACUCUUUAUACACCUUCCUGCCUAUCUAGAUACAGUGGCCAGGCUCGGGGAGUGGUGUCAGCACAGGACGUGACAGUGCCUAGCUGUGAAGUUACCACCUACAGCCAGUGGUUCAUCACAAGGUGCAAAUACACCAGAUCCAGAAGUUCCAGAAAGGAAGUGAUGAAGCAACACCCACACUCUUUCAAGCACAUCUCUGCAAUCUUAAUGGCCAGAAAAAAAUUCUUAUUGAAAGAUGAAACCUGAGCUUCUCAGGAAGCUAAAUUAUGCAACACAUGGACCUGAAUGCAGAGGGCUUACUCUUAAUUUUUUGUCCCAACUAGAGUAUAAACAAGGUGAUGCACACAAUGGCUGACUCAAAUCUGUUCAUUAUAGGUAAAAAACCAAAUAAAAAUAAAAAGGACAAAAAUGUGGUGGCACUUUAAAGAUGAACUUUUAUAUUUGUGCUUUUGAGAAGAAAGCUCACAUUAAAAAAAUAUAAAAGUUAGUCUUUAAGAUGCCGCCAUGUUUUUUUUUUUUUACCUAUAGUGCUUGCACAAACUAACAUAGCUGCCCCUUCUACAAUUAAAUCUGCUUAAUGGUCUUCCUUUAGUUGGGACUGACAGUUGGGUCAGGCCACAAUUUGCACAUAGCCUUUAAGGGUCUGCACUUACACGCUGAGAACCAGGGUGAUGUAGCAGGUAGAGUAGUAGGCUAGGAUUCAGGAGACCUGGAUUCAAAUCGCUGCACAGCCAUGUUAAUUCACUGAGGGUAGCAGCUAUAAAUCACUGCUUUGAUAUCUUAUGC